GUCGUGGGCGCGCACGUAUUUCUUUUCCCCCCACCUCGUGCACGAGCGUGAUGUCAGCGCGCCGUCGAGCUCGAAAAAAUGUUAGCGUAUGUUCUUCAGUCCGGGAGAAACGAGCAGGGGGCUUCGCCUGAAAGGAAAUAAUCUCGGUUUUCCGUUUCGGGGGAAACGCGCACACCGUCGCCGGUUUGUCGGGCUGCGUCGAGCCUGGCUGUGAGUCGGCGGUUUGGGGCCUGAGAGAAAGUUAGUCUGAUUAAUUUAUUUUCAGGAGUGAUGUCGAAUCCUGGGACUCGGAGGAACGGGUCAAGCAUCAAAAUCAGACUGACAGUAUUAUGUGCCAAGAAUCUAGCAAAGAAAGACUUCUUCCGAUUGCCGGACCCUUUUGCCAAAGUUGUUGUCGAUGGCUCAGGCCAGUGUCACUCCACAGACACGGUGAAGAGCACACUGGACCCUAAAUGGAACCAGCAUUAUGAUCUAUACAUCGGGAAAACGGACUCGAUCACUAUUAGCGUAUGGAACCAUAAGAAGAUCCACAAGAAGCAGGGUGCCGGUUUCCUGGGCUGCGUGAGGCUCCUGUCCAACGCCAUCAGCAGACUCAAAGAUACAGGCUACCAGCGUUUGGAUUUAUGCAAGCUGAACGCCUCCGACAGCGACGCCGUCCGGGGUCAAAUAGUCGUGAGCCUCCAGACUCGUGACAGGAUUGGCAGUGGCGGGCCUGUGGUAGACUGUCGAGGACUGUUAGAAAAUGAAGGGCCGGUCUUCGAGGACUCCGGACCAGGGCGGCCUCUCAGCUGUUUCAUGGAGGAGCCUCUGCCCUACUCGGACCCCACAGGGGCUGCUGGUGGGGGCAACUGUCGUGCGCUGGAGUCACCUAAUCAAGAGCAGAGGCUUCAAACCCAGAGAAUCCGAAACCAGGAGUCUAGAAGUCACGCUCACACCCCACAGAACCGGCCACAUGGGCACCAGUCACCAGACCUCCCAGAAGGCUAUGAGCAGAGGACCACGGUGCAGGGACAGGUCUACUUCCUACACACACAGACCGGCGUGAGCACUUGGCACGAUCCCAGAAUACCACGGGAUCUGAACAGCGUGAGCUGCGAGGAGCUCGGCCCCCUGCCGCCCGGCUGGGAGAUCCGGAGCACGGUGUCGGGACGGAUUUAUUUUGUUGACCACAAUAACCGAACCACACAGUUCACAGACCCCAGGUUACACCACAUCAUGAGCCAACAGUCUCAGGUGAAGGAGUCGAGCCAGGCUCUGCCAGUGCAGAUGGAUGUUCCUGUGGAGGAGGGUGAAGGAGAGCUGCCAGUGCGUUACGAGCGGGAUCUCGUCCAGAAGCUGAAGGUGCUGCGUCACGAGCUCUCGCUGCAGCAGCCCCAGGCUGGACACUGCCGCAUCGAGGUGUCCCGUGAAGAAAUCUUUGAGGAGUCUUACCGACAGAUCAUGAAGAUGAGGCCGAAGGACCUGAAGAAGAGGCUCAUGGUUAAAUUCCGUGGAGAAGAAGGCUUAGAUUACGGCGGCGUGGCAAGGGAGUGGUUGUACCUCCUGUGUCACGAGAUGCUUAAUCCCUACUACGGCCUGUUCCAGUACUCGACAGAUAACAUCUACACGCUGCAGAUCAACCCCGAUUCGUCCAUCAACCCUGACCACUUGUCGUACUUCCACUUCGUGGGGAGGAUCAUGGGCCUUGCUGUAUUUCAUGGGCACUACAUAAACGGAGGCUUCACGCUGCCCUUCUACAAGCAGCUCCUGGGGAAACCCAUCCAGCUUUCUGACCUGGAGACCGUGGACCCCGAGCUCCACAAGAGCCUCGUCUGGAUUCUAGAGAAUGACAUCACAUCUGUUCUGGAUCAUACGUUCUGCGUAGAACACAACGCUUUCGGCAAAUUCCUCCAGCAUGAGCUUAAGCCCAACGGCAGAAACGUCCCAGUGACGGAGGAGAAUAAAAGGGAGUACGUGAGGCUCUACGUGAACUGGAGGUUCAUGCGAGGCAUCGAGGCCCAGUUCCUCGCUCUGCAGAAGGGCUUCAACGAGCUCAUCCCACAGCACCUGCUCAAGCCUUUUGACCACAAGGAACUCGAGCUGAUCAUCGGAGGACUCGGGAAGAUCGAUCUGAACGACUGGAAGGCCAACACGCGGCUAAAGCACUGCGUGGCUGACAGUAACAUAGUGAAGUGGUUUUGGCAGGCGGUGGAGUCGUUCGACGAGGAGAGGAGGGGAAGACUGCUCCAGUUCGUCACCGGCUCCACACGCGUCCCUCUUCAAGGCUUUAAAGCACUGCAAGGUUCUACAGGUUCUGCAGGACCAAGGCUCUUCACUAUCCACUUGAUUGAUGCCAAUACGGAUAAUUUGCCCAAAGCGCACACGUGCUUCAACCGCAUCGACAUCCCGCCUUACGAGUCAUACGAGAAGCUCUAUGAGAAGCUCCUGACUGCCGUGGAGGAGACGUGUGGCUUUGCCGUGGAGUGAACCGUUUCGUCCAGCCGGCAUCCACUAACCCGUCUAACAGCCCCUUCAACCCCACUACUUCUUCUUCUUCUUCUUCUUCUUCUUCUCUCCCUCACUCUUCCUCAGGGUGGACAGAAAGGUGCCUCCCUGCAGGCUCGAGCAAAAGGCCGUCUGAUCCCUCUCCCAGGAGCACAGAGAGGAGAGGCGAUACACAGGGCCGCUAACUCGUUUGCGUGCACACACACACACAGCCUGGAUUUUACUCUCUCUCUCUCUCUCUCUCUCUCACUCACUCUCACACACACACACACACACACCAUUUCCAGGCUGCUCAAGGAUUAUUUAUUUCCGUUGUGAGUCGAGCGGUUUUAAUUUGCAUUAUGAUGAUGACCGGUACCAGGAAAGAGAGAGAGAAUUUUUGUUUUUUGUUUUGUUUUCCAGUUGCCCGUGUCAUUGAAAUGGUGGAUUAUGGUUCCAUGCCUGAUUGACGCUCGAUUCAGCCGAGCUCGCGUCACGUAGUCGCAAAAGCACAUAGACGUUUUAGACUAAACCCGAGCACGAUGCUUUCUGCUCCGAGGACGUCUCGAGACUCGGUAACUUUCACUCCUGUUUGUGUCGCAAUAUCCUCGUCCAUCCUGAGCCCGUGGACUUACCCAGCGGUCGGUCGUGUUUUGAUCUCGGAAGAGCUUCACGGUAAACGGACGGACAGGAGGUUUGGUUUUUAUACUCGACUUGAAAUCGGUGAUAUGUACAGACAGCACCCCAUUUUUUUUUUUUCUUUCUUUUUUUUUUUUUUUUGCAUCUUAUAGAAUGACGGUGUACAUUUCAGUGAUAACCAUCUCUUAUACUGUGCAUCAGCAUUAUUAUUAAUUAUUCUUUUUAUUUUUAGCUAUUUUAAACUGAUUGCUUGUUACGUGAAACAACCCCCUACCCCCACCGUGACUUUGGGACCAUUUUUUACGAAAUGGCGUGCGUGUGUGUGUGUGUGUGUGUGUGUGUGUGUGUGUGCGCGUGUGUGUGUGCUUUCACUAACAGAAGCACAUCUCUUAUGGCUCAUAGAUCACAUACAGUAUGCAGAGUAAGAAAGCCCAUGGACAUUUUGUCAAAUGGUAGAAUUUUCCAGAAAAUAAGCCAGUAUUCUUAGACUUGUUUUAAAUACAUCUUAACCUUUGCACAUUGCACACAUUUUUUUAUUUUUUUUUUUUUUCCCUUUUUUUUGUUGUUUUUUUUAAGCAUUUCUUCCGAUCACCAGUUUUCUCUUCUUUUUUUUUUUUUUUUUUUUUUUUUUUUUCUUCUUCUAUUUUUUUUUAGGAACGAUGCCAUGCACAAAAUAACGAUGCCAGUGUAUAAAAAUGGUUUAUAUUUCAGAUGUCUCCCACAGAAUUCGCAGACCUGCGUUCCUUUUCCAUCGCAUGGCCAACUUUUAUAAACAGUGUGGUAUUUCGCAAUCACAGACGCUUCAGUGAAGGGUCGUGUAGUCCUAAAGCGUAUUUGGAGAACGUCGAUUGUUUUAGCGUUAACCGUUUGUGACCGUCUCGGUUCUCGCGUCCGCCGCGAGACUUCUUUCCGUGCGCAUCUCCGAAGCAACGUCUCGUUUCCAUUAAAACACGCCGUAACGAUCGUCCCUCCGUCCUCAUUCUGAGGAGAGAGACUCGUUCUGCGUAGAGCGAAGCUAGCGAUUUCAAGACCGCCACGCUCUAGUCGAGUCCUCGCACAUCUGUGUCUCCGGGAUGUUUCCGUUCUCUUCUUUGCUUUGUGUGCUCUUACUUUUAGGUUUGGCCUUGAUGCUAGGUCAGGAGUGUUCCGUUUUUAUCCACGCAAGAGCCGCAGGAGUUAAUUCGAGUUAAACGACAUCCACGCCAUCAGUCGUUUAAACGCCGCAGACCAACAAGGUGCAUUUGUGUAGAAUUGAAUAGAAUAAAGCCUUUUGGAUAAGCUCGGACGACCCUGUAUCGCGUUCCUUUUGAGGUCUAAGAUUUCACCGUAUAGUGCUCGGUGUUUACGGCACCAGUUGAUUCUUUGGAAAAUUUUAAUAAAAAUGAGCCAACUACUUUUUAUAAUUUUUUUUAAAAUUAUUAUUAUUUUUUUUAAAGUUGUGUUCUGCAACCACUUAGUCAUUCUUUCUUUUUUUUUUUUUUUUUUUUUUUUUUUUUUUAAACGAAUUAUUUAUUACUGUGUAAUGUCCUUUUAAGUAUUGCUGCUAUUAUCAUUAUUCCCUGUUUGUUUUGUUUUUGUUGUUUUUUUCCCCCCACAAAAAGCUGUACACUACUCUCUUUAUUUUAAUGUAUGAAUCAAAGUAUUUAAACCUGCUGCUAAUUCAGAGAAGCCUGUCCAUUGGCCUGGAUCGAGUUAGCGUUUGAUGUAGGCUGGACCCCGGCGGUCAUGUUCAUAUUUGUGAUAUAUGCAAUAAAACGACACCUUUAUAUUCUCGGUUUCCGUCUUAACGUCGUUUUUCCUUACGCCGACCAGAUCGGGGACGGCGUCUGCGUGAACCCGAUUUGCUUGGGGUUUAUUUUUUUCCCCCCCAGAUGACUCGCGCGCCGAUCCGUCGUUAACUUGGAUAAACGCCACAUUCAUUGUCGUGUAAGUCAGAAUGACUCGUGAGUUUUGAAGAUGACUGUGGACGUUGCCUGCUAGUUGCGUUUGUUUUUUAAAAACCACUUUUUCCAAAUUAUGUGACCAAUAUUAUUAUUACUAUGUACAAUUAUUAGGUCCUGAGUGUCAUUUGUUUAUUGGAUGCAAGAUUAAUGUAACUUACAAUGUACUAAACAUUUCUGAAACUAUUCCAUGUAAAUAAGAUUAUAUUAAAGAAACCACAUUGAAAAUA